UGUAAAAUUAUUUGCCGACGGUGAAUCCAUCCAUCGUUUGGUCCAGCACCAUUCAUCAAGGAUUUUAUUGAAUCCAGCCAGCACGUUGGGUCACGUGCUCUAUCCAACAAUCCUAUUUAGCAUAGAUAACGGAUUUGGACACGGAUCACGGAUUUGGACCAAACUAGCGUCAAUCGAUCCCAAAUAUAAUUAGUAUGAAAUUUGCAAAUGGCACUAUCUGCCAAUGCUCAAGUUUAGUGGAGAUAUUUGCAUAAAAAGAGUAGAAAACGCACCCCCACCCAAGGCUGGAAAAUUUGUCAUUUUCCAAAUUUGCGGCGCACUUUCUCCCCUUUGGAUGCAAAUAUCUCCGCCAAACCUGUGCAUUGGCAGAAAGUGUCGUUUGCAAGUUUCCUACUAAUUAUAUUUGUGAUCGAUUGACGCUAGUUUGGUCCAAAUCCAUGAGCAUACGUUGGGAGACUUCCAUUGUAAGAUUGAAAAUUUGAAUACCUAUAUUCUUACCGUACGUCGGUAGUCACCCAAAUCGGCUCAUUUUAAAUCAUUUCUCGGCUCUUAAAAUUUACUUUUAAAUUCUGGAAAUUUGCCGUCCGUGAGUCAAUUAAUAGAAUGUCGAUGAAUUUUUUUAAGCUAGCUUCGAUGGGUUCCAAUUUUUCUGACUUGAGUUCUCCUCCUUCAAAACUCUGUACUUGUGGUUCAGAAUUUUAAAAUAAAUUCCAUAAAGAACAAUAAAGAACAGAAAUGAUUUUAAAACGUGUUCAUUUUGACGAUUUUAGCGAUGAGUCCUACGUUAAUCAUAAUAUGACAGCAAUUCCUUUGCAGAUCGCUAUGAAUUUUUCAGAAAAAAAAUUUGAAAAUAAAAUUUAUUUUUGUAGAAACGUAACUAAUUGCAUUAUCGAAUUUUAUUUUCCUCAUUCCACAUACUAUAUACGUAAAAAUAAUUUGCUAUCUGUAAUAAUUUUCUAUUUGCUUUCAUAUAACAUGGCAACUCAUUUCAAUCUACAUUGUCGCGUUACAUUGACAAAAUAAAUAAUUACAUAAAUAAAUAUAAAAUUCAGUAAAAAUAUUUUUCUUGCAAGUUUUUUAUGUCGUUUUAUUUUUGAGUAUUUUGUCAGUUUGUCAUACAUACACACCGGAUUUGCUUUUUGUCACUUUUUCACCCCAUUUUGUUGAUAAGAUGUCGGACAGGUUUUCGGGAAAAUCGGGAAACCUCAAGGCGGCUCGGCAGGACUGCAACGCAAAGAUGACAACUUAUCGGGCAAUGGAAACUGAGAAACUGAAGGGUUCAUUUCCUCCAGAAAUUGUACUUCCGUCCUGGGUCGGAUGGCCGUUAAAUAGGACCUCAACUUAACGUUAACAAUGGUGCUUACUGGUCUCGCGGUGCGUUGGGUAGUUCGCUCAAACCAAUCCCGGCAUCGAAUCGCAAGAAGCCGGACUUUAUUCUGGUUGACCCCACCCACUCGAAGUGUCCCUACGACCCUCUCCACGACCCCGGAUUGACCAACUACUUUUCCACCCCGUACGUCAAAUCCCUCCUGAAACGAAACCAACUCAUCGAUCCGACCGGAUCCGUGGUUUGUUCGCAAAGGGACCAAAGUCAGUACCGAGAUUUCCUUUACGCUACCGGACUUCGAGAAGGGGUCGAGUUUCGGCACAAAAUGGAGGCCGAGCGACACGCCCAACUCCGCCGUGAGCAAAUCAUGUUGGAAAAAGAGGCGAAAAAUUAUCCCGAACGGCAACGCCGCUACGAAGCGACCUUAUCACAGGGAAAAUCAAUCCAGCGUCGGAAACGUAAUUUGGCCAUGGUCGAAUAUGACCGUGCUCGAGAAGGGUGGACCGGCCAGAUUGCGUCCCUUAAUUCAACCCGAGAGGCCGCCAGGGUGGCAAAACUGGCAAAAAAUGCGGAGUUGGAGGCACAAAGGAAAAAUAAAGUGGCGAUGGCGAGGAAGGCAAAAUUGGCGAAAUUAGUGGUGAAGGAAGACCUCGACGUGAAAACGAUCUGCGCCAGGGACAAUAAACUGGCCGCGAUUAAGGACAAGAGGAAUGAGAAGGAUGAAAUUAAAAAAUUUCGUUGGGAAGCCAUGCUGACGAGUAUGCAGACCCACGCUGACCAAGCCGCUUGCGCCAAGGAGGUCGCCUUGAUCGAGAGGGCGCGUCGCGUGGAGAUCAGAGAAGCUAAAAUCGAACAACAGAGGAAACGGCUUCCGAUGAUGAUCCAAGAAAGAAAAUUGAGGGAGGAAAGACUGCAAAGAAUUGUACGGAAAUAUGCUCUCCUUUGGUUGCGUAAGGUUCGAGAAAAAUUGAAAAAGGAGAAAUUGGACGCUGCCCACGUUUCCUCGUUCGAAGUGGAAAGAUCCCUAGCAAUUUGGGUGGGACAACUUGAAGAGGCUACGGGAAUUGGAAAACCUGGCGGACCCUUGGCCGGUUUUGAUUUCAAGACUUUUAUGCAAAAUGUGAAAAAGGCGAAAAAUAAUAACACUGGGAAAAUGUCGAGAAAAAUUUCGCACGUUUCAAACAAAUUUGAGCAAGAUUCCGGUGCUGAAAAUGAGGAUGAAGACGAAGAUGAGGAAGAGAUGAUUUGAAAAUUGGAUCAUUAUCGGAUAAUUUUGUAAAAAACGAGCUUAAUAUUUGUACGAAUUUU